GACUGUAGUUGGAAUGUAGUGGUGGUCAGAUUUAUUUUAUACAUUAAGUAUUUUACAUUGAAAAGAAAAUAAUUAUUUCGAUCACAUUAAGAAUAUUAAAUAAUAUUCGAUUUAAAACUAUUAAAAUGUUUUCUAGACAUGUGUAACUGAAAUUAACCUUGGAUAAAAUGUGACAAAGUGAUUGUAGUGAUUAUAAUUUUAAGGUUCUCCAACAAUGUGAAUGAAGUGUCAGCUGAUCAGCCCCGUAACCAUUGAUUACACUCAGUACAGUAAAAUCGUAAAAUUGAAUCAUGGGUGAAGAUUACAUUGAGAAUUCAUUUGUUUUUACAUUUCCAACAUGUACAACAAAUCAAGAACACAAAUUGGAAAUUCCUUUACGAAUUCCAUUUCAAGGCUCAAUAAAGGAACUUGUGCAUCGUACAAUGCUAGCAUUUAAAUUGCCAUCAUACAUUGAAAAAGAUUUAUUUGAAUCGCUUGAGAGUACUGUGAAGAACUUAACAUUGAAAUUUUAUGACGAAAAAGCAGAAAAAUACAUUGACGCUGCAGUAGAAGGAGAUUUGGAUGUCGAAGAAAUUAUUAAAAAUUGGGAGAAAAUGUACAAACAAAAAACUGUAGAAUAUGCUGAACCCUUAGGAACAACGGAUGAAGAAUUAUUUGCUGCUGCUUAUCAUCGACUUGUACAUUCGCCUUCUUUAGAACCAAUAUUGCAGGCUGAACAUAAAUAUGGAGGAGAUGUUACAAAAGUUACUGAAAUGAGAAAUGCUGCUCAGGAACAAUUGACACGAAAACAAACGGACGAAAUGCGUAUAGCUGUGGAAACACUGGAAAGUGGCUCUACUGAAAAAUCAAUUAAUGAUAUGGCUGGUCGACAUUUUGAAGAGAUGAGUUUAUUACAAGGCCAUUGGGGGUCUAAAAUAGAUGCAUUAAAACUCGAACAAAGACGACAGCAUCGAAAUUGGAUCAUGAGAUUAUUAGAAGAGCAACAAACAAGUAUGCUGUCUACUCCUGUAGAAUCACCUAUGGUGGCAGUUCCUCCUAUUAGACCGGGAUUGAAUAAUUUUUUUAGAAAUGAUGAAAAAAGUACAACAGUUUUUCCACAAUUAGAAGAAAGUUUUACAAUACAUUUGGGAUCUCAAAUGAAACAGAUGCACAAUAUUCGUAUUUUAACUGGUGACGUUUUAGAUUUUUGUCGAGUUAUACGUAAUGAUAGUCGCAUGGAUCCAACACCACAACGACUUCAAACUGCAUUAGGAUUGUAUUCGAAUGAUUUAUGUGGAUUGGUACUCCUUAGCGACAGUAAUUUGGGCAGUUUUUCUGGAAUCACGAAAGAAUUAAGUUCGAUAUGUCAACUUACUACAGAAUUUCAUUUUCCUCCAAUUGAUGAUCAAUUAGAAAAAAUACGUGAGGAUGUCAAAGAAGCUAUUACAUGGAAACAAGAACAUCAAAGAGAAGAAAGUGAAUCUCAGGUCAAGAAAUUAUCAAGUAAAGCACUACAAACUGGCGAUAUUUUUAUUACUCGACAUUCAAAUUUAGCACAAGUUCACGUUUUAUUUCAUAUGGUGGUGAAUGAUUCAUUGAGAUCAGGUGAUAUUAAUUCCAGACAUCCAGCUAUUUUAGGAUUAAGAAAUAUUUUGAAAAAUGCAUGUUGCAACGAUGUGACAACACUCACAAUUCCAGUAUUAUUAGUACAUGAAAUGACAGAAGAUAUGACAGUUGCAUGGUGUACAAAAAGAGCCGAAUUAGUAUUCAAAUGUGUUAAAGGAUUCAUGAUAGAAAUGGCUUCUUGGGGUGGGGCAGAAUUAAAGAAUUUACAAUUUUUAGUUCCAAAGGGAAUGUCUGAUGAAGUAUUUGGUACCUUAGCUAUUAUGCUUCCUAGCAUAUUUCGUGUAUCAAAUCCACUUGUAUUUAAGGCUACAAGUACUCCACAAACUCCUAAAAAAUGACAUGUGAAAGAUGAGGAAAAAAGUUUUAAUUGAAAAACUUUAAAAAAAUAAAUUAACCUAACUUGGAGUGAUCGAUAUCAUCUUACUUAUCAAAUAUUCUCGAGAGAUAAAUUCAAAAUAAUGUUAUUUAAAAAAAAGUUAGUAAAAGGUUUUUAGUAUAGAAAGUGAUGUAUCUUUUUAAAGAUUCGAUACAGUUGGACUUUUAAAAAUAUAUUCAAAAGCGUUAGCUGGUUAAAAUAUUUUCAAUAUAUACAAAGAGUUAAUUUUGUAUUAUAAUUAUAAGUAUAUAAUAAACAGAUUUUAAUUAUU